AUGCUCUACACACACGCAACUAUUAUCACCGUUGACGGUAACCGCCGCAUCAUCAACGACGGUGCUAUUCGUGUCUCGGGCGAUAUCAUUGCGGACAUUGGGAAAAGUGCUGUCCUGAAAGAGCGAUACCCCGGUGAUGAGGAGUAUGAUCUCACUGGCCGAAUUGUGAUUCCGGGCUUGAUUUCCACCCACAUGCAUACGGCCCAGACUCUCCUGCGGGGCACUGCUGAUGAUCUGGAGCUUGUAUCAUGGCUGUGCGAGAGAAUCUGGGUUCUUCAAGGUAACUUCACGGAAGCAGAUGGCUACGCUGCCGCGAGACUCAGCAUCGGCGAGAUGCUCAAGUGUGGAACCACUUGUUUCUUGGAGAGCAUGUUCGCCGAUCGCUAUGGUUUCGACGGACUUGCCCGUGCCGUAAAGGAAUCCGGUAUCCGAGGCUGCUUGGGUAAGAUUGUGAUGAACAUUGCCAAGUAUGCCAAGGACGAUGCCUGGGCCAUGCAUCCCGGUCUCGUUGAAGACCGCGAGAUGUCCCUUCUGGGCAGUGUCAAGAUGUGGGAGAAGUGGAAUGGAGCUGCGAAUGAUCGCAUUCGGGUGUGGUUCGGCGCUAGAACUCCUGGAGGGGUUUCUGAUGCGCUAUACAAAGAGAUGACUGCCAUCUCGCGAGAGAAGGGGAUCCCCAUCACCAUGCAUUGUGCUGAGGUCAAAGCCGAUCGCGAUUUCUUCGCGUCCGUGUCCCACACACCCAUGUCGUACUGUGACUCUGUCGGGCUUCUGAGUCCGAAGACUGUGCUGGCGCACAUGGUUCAUCUGGAUGACUCGGAUAUUAGGUUGCUAUCUGCCUCUGGGACCCAUGUCGCGCACUGUCCGACUUCUAAUGCUAAGCUGGCGUCGGGAAUUUGCCGAGUGCCCGAUCUUCAGCAGGCCGGGGUGAACAUUGGACUGGGAACGGAUGGCGCUCCCUGCAACAAUAGCUGUGAUAUGUUGCAAGAGAUGAAACUUGCGGCCAUCAUUCACAAGAGUAUCUCCUAUGACCCAACCGCUGUCCCUGCCGAGUCUGUCUUGGAGAUGGCGACGAUCAAUGGUGCCAAAGCUCUCGGGCUGGAUGACCGAAUCGGCAGCCUGGAAGUGGGAAAAAAGGCGGAUUUCGUGGCGAUCGAUGUGCGCGGAAUUCAUACGCAGCCUUGGUUCAAUGCCCCUAGCGCCGUGGUCUAUACCGCGACUGGACGUGAUGUGGAUGUGGUUGUGGUAGAUGGUAAGCGACUUGUUCAAAAUGGGGAGCUACUCACGAUGAAUGAGAAAGAGAUUGUAGAGGAAGCAAAGAAGCGCAGCCAAGAAGUGGUUGAUCGGGCUGGUCUGUCGAGCAAGAUGAAGGGUCGUUGGCCCGUGGAAUAA